AUGCUCUUCUCUGAAGUUGCUGCUCGCGCUGCUGCGUUCUUAGGUCUCAGUAUGGAAUCCCACGGCCCCGUGCUGCCACCUUGUAUAUUGACAUAUCUUUUUCUUCUAGCGGCCCCGGUUCCUAGACAGUUCGCCUUUGAGCCCGACUCGGUUGCCUAUGAGGAUCCGGACACCGGCUUGAAAUUCUCUUCUUACACCAGUGCUCGCGGCAUCUCCUGGCGUGUGGCUAUCCCAGAGGACAUCCCGGAGGGUGACAAGAUCUUCGACACUGUAUUGCAGGUUGAGGCGCCCAUCGAUGUUGGCUGGGCUGGGUUCGCCUGGGGUGGCCACAUGACCUAUAAUCCCUUAACUAUCGUUUGGCCCAACGGCAACGACGUCGUUCUUUCGUCCAGGAUCGCCUAUGGUUACUACAGCCCUCCCGAGUAUCCCAACGCCGAAUACAGAAUCGUCAAGACCGGCACCCAUGUCAACGCCACUCACUUUCAAAUCACGGCUGUUUGCACGGGCUGUUCGAGAUGGGGUGAUGAAGACAUUGGCUUCACUGAGUUAGAUCCCGAGUAUGACAGCACACUCGCUUUCGCCUAUGGUGACUACCCCGUCGACACGCCGGAGGACCCUUCAUCCACCUUUGGUAUUCACGACAGCUUGGGCCACCCCGUGUUUUCUCUCGGUACCCAGGCCAAGAAUGCCGACUUUGCGUCCAAGAUUGAGCAACUUUAG